AUGUGUGCCUCCAUGGAGUCUCGUCUUUUCACGGUUAAGGACAUAGACCGGUUUCAUCUCCUGCAGACCGUCUUCCGGGGCGGUCUGUGGGUUGGCCUAGACGACAUGGUCACUAAAGGUGUCUACGUCUGGAGCGACGGGCAGCUGUUCGACGGCAACACCACCGACAUGUUUCUACCUGGCGAGCCCAAUGAUUAUGGAAGAGCAGAAGACUGUAUCAGCAUGCAGCCUCCCAAACCGUAUAAGCUGAACGACGACGCGUGUUACAAGAAAUUCCAUUCUGUCUGCGAGAAGACAAUGUGA